UGUCCCAUGGCCUCUAGUUCCACGACCCCGCGCUCUUUGCUGGCCUCGGCGGCCUUCCGCGGCGUGCGCAGCGUGCUACUGGCCCGCUACCGGGACGUGCUGGAACUGGCCGAGUUUGUGCAGCGCCUCGAGCACGAGGCGCAGACUGCGCGGGGUCUGGGGGACAGCUCGGACAGGCAGGUAGACGUGCAGCUCCUGCGCAGCGAGGACCCCGAGGUCUUCCACGUUUUUGUGUCCCGAUGUGUGGUGUGUGUGCCCUGGGAUGCCCGGCCCCUCCCCAGGCCUCUCACCUUCCAGCAGCUAUCUUCCCAGAAGGAGGUGGUUGCAAGAAUUGUCCAGAGGAUCUGUGAAAAGAAGAAAAAGAAUAUCCUGGCUUUUGGCUAUACCCUGUUAGAAGAAAACAAAAUGUCAUUGCCAGUUAUGUUUACAACAAAUGUCUACAACUAUCACCCUAACACAAUAACGGAAACAAUUAGUGUCAGUGCCUUGUGGGAGAUGCUCCUAAGCAGGAUAGGAGAUGAUGUGAUGAUGUAUAUGUUAGAACAUUGUUCCCUGUUCAUGAUGGUACCCCCAAGCUGCUCUUACCAGAUCUCUGGGCUACCUAUCUAUGAACUCUCUUUAAAGAAUCCUGACUCUUCAUCUGGAUUCAUGCGGAGAAAAUACCCAAAGCAGAGACCAAAUGCCUCACUUGACAGUGCCAGAAAGAUUUCCUUCCACAGAAAAUCCUUGGUCAAAUCAGAUUUGAGGAAAGAGAUGCUUAGAUCCAAACACAAGGCCUUAAAAGUUGCAGGUCAAAACCAGAAUGGUGCCGAGGAUCUGGUAGAUGAACCUCUUCAAGACAGACCUGAAGAUUCCUGUGGGACUGAGCAGGGGCCUAAUUCUGACCAAGUAGAAGAACAAGCCAGAACCCACUCCAUACAUUCCAUCACGUCUCUGUUCUCUAAAAGGCAAAGGGAAGAUGAAGAGGAAAGUAAAAUUUCAGCAAAGCGGCCAAAGAAAGAGGAAUGCCUUCUCAAAAAUAGAACAGAGCAGGUCUUGGGAGAGGGUUUUGAACUCCAUGCAAAUGAGUCUAAUUCAGACAGUGCUGAGAACAUAACCCAAAGAUCGAUGGAAGACUGUUCUUCAAGGCAUUUCUCCAAUGAGAAAUCUGUCCUCGAAGAAGAUGGUAUUGGGGAGAGAUGUUUCAAUGAAGCCAAGAGUGGCCUGCCCCUUUUGGAACAUAAUGAUGGGGAUUUAGCGUGUCAUGAUUCUCCUAUGAUCAAAUCCACUCCCAAAGGUAAAAUUAAAGCCAGAUCUUCAGAAGAAGGUUUGAAUGGAGGCACCAAACAAACUGAUGCCAUUUUCUCACAUCCACAUUGCCCUGGGAAUGACCCACCAAAGAAAUUGAGAAGUGCCUCCAGUUCUAUUGUAUACAUUAACAGGAAACGUUUCUUAUAUUCUGGCCGCAACUUCAGAGAAUCUUUGCCUACAUCAUUUCUGCUGAACCGUUUACACAAUUCACUGUCUGGGGGUCAAAGGUUGGUUGAAACCAUCUUCUUCACUAAUCAACUCUUUGUGCAGAAGGGUGACCCACAGCAGCAAAGGACCCCCUGGAAAAAGAGACGUCUCCCCAAACGUUACUGGCAGAUGCGGCACCUGUUUAAGGAAUUAAUACAGAACCACCGAAAGUGUCCUUACUUUAUGCUUCUAAAAAAGAACUGUCCCCUGAGGAUUUCAGCACCCAAAGCAGAUCCUUCCAGCCAACUGGAAAAGCCACAAGCCAUUGCUUCCAACUGUUUAACUGAAUCUGAGGAAAUGCAGCAUCAAACCCAAGACCAAGGCCAGGAGGGGGGACAGAUGUCCGAAGCUCCCCUGAGCUGUGGAAGUAAUGAGCCUCGUUGCUCACUUAUAGACCAGAUACCUGAUAAAGAAUCAGUCCUUUCCAGUAAGAUUUCUAAAAAAACACAGCCAGGGUCACCUGCAGUUGGGAAGGAAGUGUUCCCAGGCAAGGAAAGUAGUGAUAUCUUACAGCUUCUCAGUUGGCACAGCAGCCCUUGGCAAGUAUAUGUAUUUCUGAGGGAGUGUCUUCACCGUUUGGUGCCUGCUGAGCUCUGGGGAUCAACUCGCAACAAAUGCCGCUUCUUAAAGAAUGUGAGGAAAUUCCUCACUCUGGGAAAACAUGACAAGUUUUCUCUUCGGGAGCUGAUGUGGAAGAUGCGAGUGAAGGACUGUGCUUGGCUUGCCCUGGUGAAAGGGAAUCACUUUGUUCCAGCCUCAGAACACCAUUUGCGUGAAGAAAUCUUGGCCAAAUUUGUAUACUGGCUGAUGGACACAUAUGUGGUGGAGUUGCUCAGGUCCUUUUUUUAUAUCACUGAGACCAUGUUCCAGAAAAAUAGGCUCUUCUUCUACCGGAAGUGUGUUUGGAACAAGCUGCAAAAUGUGGGCAUCAGAAAGCAUUUUGAUAAAGUGCAUCUUAAAGCACUGUCAGAAGAGGAGAUUAAGCAAAAUUCGGAAACAAGAUUUAUCUGCCUGGCAUCCAGACUCCGGUUCAUCCCCAAACCCAAUGGGCUUCGGCCAAUUGUUAAUGUAGACAGCAUCGUUGGAGCCAAAAUAUCCAAUAAGGAAACCAAAGAUAAGAAGAUAAGAUAUUUCAAUGGCCAGCUUAAAAACCUGUUCAGUGUUCUGAAUUAUGAGCGGACCAUACACCCUGAUGUCUUGGGGUCUUCCUUGUUUGGGAUUGAUGGCAUUUAUAAAGAAUGGCGACAGUUUGUGCUCAGAGUGCAGCAAUUCAAGGACAAAGUCUCCAACUUUUACUUUGUAAAGGCUGAUGUGACAGGUGCUUAUGAUACUCUCCCCCAUGACAAGCUUGUCGAAGUGAUUGCCAGCAUUAUUAAGCCUCAAGAGAAGAAAGUCUACUGUAUCAGACGUUAUGCUGUAGUCCAGAAGAAUGCCUAUGGAAACGUCCAGAAAUCCUUUAAAAGACACGUUUCCACUUACAAGGAUGCCUUGCCUUAUAUGAACCAGUUUGUGGCGCAUUUGCAAGAGACCACCUCCCUGCAGAAUGCCAUCGUGGUUGAACAGAGCUCUUCCUUAAAUGAGACCAGUAUCAACCUCUUCACUUUCUUUUUGCAUUUGAUUCGUAACAACAUCCUGAAAAUCAAAAACAAGUACUACAUCCAGUGCCAGGGAAUUCCGCAAGGCUCUAUUUUGUCCACCCUUCUUUGUAGUUUGUGCUACGGAAACAUGGAGAACGAAUUAUUCCCUGGAAUCCAGCAGGAUGGAUUGUUGAUCCGACUCAUUGAUGAUUUCCUGCUCGUGACACCUCAUUUAACACAAGCCAAAGUCUUCCUAAGGACUCUGGCAAAAGGCAUUCCUGAGUAUGGGUGUUUAAUAAACCCAAAGAAGACGGUGGUGAACUUUCCUGUGGAAGAAGAUAUUCUAAGUAACUCUGACUUUACCCAGUUACCAGCCCACUGUCUGUUCCCGUGGUGUGGUUUAUUGCUGGAUACAAGGACCCUAAAUGUGUUUUGUGACUAUUCCAACUACUCCCGCACUUCCAUUAGAAGCAGCCUUUCCUUUGACCACAGCGUCCAAGCCGGGAGGAACAUGCGGAACAAGCUGGUUGUGGUGCUCAGGAUGAAGUGCCAUGCUUUAUUUCUGGAUUUACAGGUGAAUAGUCUUCAAACUGUCUACAUAAACGUUUACAAGAUAUUUUUGCUACAGGCCUACAGGUUUCAUGCAUGUGCUCUCAAGCUGCCAUUUAAUCAGCAAGUCAGAAAAAACCCUGCUUUUUUUCUCUCAGUCAUUUCGGACAUGGCAUCGUGCUGCUAUUCCAUUCUGAAAGCCAAGAAUCCAGGAGUUACUCUAGGUGCCAGAGGAGCCUCAGGUCCAUUUCCUUUUGAAGCAGCACAAUGGCUAUGUUAUCAUGCUUUCUUGAUUAAGCUGGCGAAUCACAGAAUAAUCUACAAGUGUCUUCUGGGAACUCUCAAAAUGAGCAAACUGCAGUUAUUCCAGAAGAUCCCAAAGGCUACAAUGCAAAUGCUAAAGAUGGCUAUCAAUCCAUCACUCUCUCAAGAUUUCAAAAUGAUAUUAGAUUAGCUAAUCGAGUCAUUCAUUUCUCUUGUAUUGAAUUGAGAUGAAUAACAGGUGCUACAUUAGGGUGCCUCUCCCCCCCCACACACUUUUUUUUUUCAUUAUUGGUCUUUAUCUCACAGUGAGAAAAGGUAUAUGUUUCCUUGCUAUUGCCUUUAGCUGACUCUUCAGGGUCAUGGACUGAUUUUCUAGUUAAUAUCUCUUGGUGCUUUUGCCAACUCUAACAUAUCUUCUACUUAGCUACUAAUGGUGUCUCAUUCCAUUUGGGAAUAUUCCCAGCUGUUGUGUUUACUUGAAAACAAAUUAUGUCUAAAAUGUGACAACUUAAAGAGACUUUAGAGGUUCUCCAUAUACUUCUUCACCUCUUUAUCUUAAAGGUGAGGGAACUGAACAUUUUCCUUUUAUUUUUUCCGUAUUCUGAUGGAACUGUGUCCAUCGAGAUGGAUUAUCAGAAUGUAAGCUCCUCAAGAGUAGGAAUUGUUUUGUUCUUUGUAUUUAUAUCUCUGUACCUCACAGAGUCCUGG